AAAAUAUUCGAGAAACAGUCUCACAAAUUAUAGUGGCUGAGAAAUGAGCACUCCUUUUCUUCCACCUAUGUCUUCAUCUUCUUCUUCCUUCUCUUCACUCUUAUUAAAAUCAUUCUAUCUCUAGUCCUUCGAUUUUUCGGAUCACAUAUCACUACCAGAUCCACCAACUCUCUGUCCACGUUUUGGUGAUUCGAAGACUACGGGGAUAUGAUGGAUGAAUUCUGGAAUAGCUAGUUCGAACCAGAUGGAUUUCUGGUUUAUUUCCGCAAUUUAUUUCCACAAUUCAUAUGCAUCCCCUUCUGUGUUAUAGUUUAGUAAAUGAGAGAAGGCUACUACUUUCGGUUUCGGAUUGCUUUUUUCGCCCUCGUUGUCGCCCUACAUGGACCCUAAUUACUCUUCCGGAGAAGAACACCUCUUGCAUACUAAGACAAGGAAGCCUUACACAAUUACCAAGCAACGCGAGCGAUGGACUGAGGAUGAACACAAUAGGUUUCUCGAAGCUUUAAAGCUUUAUGGUCGUGCCUGGCAGCGUAUAGAAGAACAUAUAGGAACCAAGACUGCGGUGCAGAUCAGAAGUCAUGCACAGAAAUUCUUUACAAAGCUGGAGAAGGAGGCUCUUGUUAGAGGACCUUCGACUGGACAGGCUAUUGACAUUGAAAUACCUCCUCCACGUCCUAAAAGAAAACCAAGCAAUCCUUACCCUCGAAAAACCAGUGUUGGAUCUUUGAGCUUACAAGCUGGAACAAAAGAUGGGAACCAUUUGAUAUCAGAUUUUUCUCAAUCUUCUGCUGCACAUGUACUGGACUUGGAAAAAAAACAAACUCUUGAGAAACAAAGUGCUAAUCAGCAGCUUGAAAUCGUAAAGAAAAAUCAAAACGGAGUUGAUUGUGCUGAAGCAUUUUCUUUCUCCCAGGAAGCUCUUUCUGGCCCUUUGUGUUCAGAAAAUAAAAGUACCGUUUCAAAGACAACAUCGACUAAUCAUUGCAAUUUUAAGGAGUUUGUUCCCAAUUUUAAAGAGGUAGUUAACCAAGAUGCAUCACAUGAAUCUUAUCUUACCCUUAAAGCGAGUGGUGGCCGAAAUGACAAAGAACAUGAUACCAAGCAGUUGGUUGGAGAUCUUCCCCCUUCUGAGACUGCGAAAUUAGGAAACUAUCAUCCUACACAUGAUAAAUUGUUGCAAACACAAAAAGUAAAUGAACUGAAGCCUCCUGUGAAUUAUGGUAUCUUGUCAUCAUAUGAUAUGCAAGCUGCUGCACAUUACCCUAGACAUGUACCUGUGCACAUUGUGAAUGGAAGCCUUGAAAUUGCUCAAACUGGUGCCAGUUUAUAUGGCAACGUAGCCCCGGCCUUAACAACUGAACAUGAGAAUAAUGCUUCACGAUCUUCAGUUCAUCAUUUUCCUCCAUUCCAUUCUCCUUUUACCCCAGUACAAAAUCCUCAAAGUGAUUGUCACUCAUUGCUCCCGAUCCCCGCUACUUUUACUAGUCUGGUCGCAUCUGCUCUACUAGAAAACCCAGCUGCCCAUGCUGCAGCAAGCUUUGCAGCUAGAUUUUGGCCUGUUGCUAAUGUUGACCCUUCUGCAGAUCCUCACGUGGGCAAGAUGGAGAAUACAGGGCCUAGUAUGGAAGCCCUUGCUGCUGCUACUGUGUCAGCCGCUACUGCUUGGUGGGCAUCCCAAGGCCUACUUCCAUUGUGCACUUCCUUUAACGCUACCUGCAGUGCUGCCCCCACAAUUACAACAACAAUGGAGAAUAAUGAAGCUAGAGUAAGCAAUGAUAAAAGCGGAGAAAACCCAGCUGAUCUUUCCUUGAAGGAUCAACAGCUAGAGCCAAAGUGUUCUGAAACUUUGCUAGAUCAUCAAACAGCUGUAAAGUCUCCACCUCUGUCAUCAUCUGAGUCUGCAGAAGGUGAAAGUGAAAAGCUGAAUAUUAAGUUGAGUAAUGUUGACCCUGAGCAAGCUGAGGCAGUCACCAAAGCUCAAGAUUUAAGCAAAACGAAGGAUCAAAAGCUGGUGGACCGAUCUUCAUGUGGCUCUAAUACUGCCUCUAGUAGUGAAGUAGAGACAGAUGCUUUGGAGAAGCAUGACAAGGAAGAAGCAAAUGAACCUGAUUUAAGUCUCCAAAUUAGUGACUCUACUAAUCGUCGUGGUAGGAUUUGUAGCAAUCUGAAUGAAUCCUGGAAGGAAGUCUCGGAAGGGGGGCGACUGGCCUUUCAAGCAUUAUUCUCUCGAGAAGUAUUGCCACAAAGCUUUGCAUCUCCUUAUUGUCAUCAAAAGUACAGUAUUGGGGAGGAUAAACAACACUUAUACAAGGAAGAAAAUGAAAGAUUACAAAUUGAUAUCAACAGCAAAGCAUGUGGGAGUAAUGAAUUUGUGGAGCAUAAUGUUUCCUUGACAGGUGGAAGCAAUGAGGGAGAGGGAACUCUGAGCACGGGACUUGGAUGUUUGAAGUUCAAAGCCCGCCGAACAGGGUUUAAACCUUACAAACGGUGUUCAGUGGAGGCCAAGGAAAGUAGGGUAGCAGCAGCAUCUACCAUCAAUCUAGAAGAAGGUAAAGCUCCUAAAAAAAUGCGAUUGGAAGGAGGUGCUUCCCUUUAGUAGUUGGCUACACAAGCAUUUAAUGAUUUUAAGAGACUUUGUCAUAAUGGUUUAAAUAUCAUAGUUAUAUUACUCAUGAGACUCUGUUGUGUAGGUAUCUUCUAAAUAUUUUUAAAUGUAUAUUACGUGCUCUCUUCGGAAAAGCACCUGGAGACUUUUGAGAAAAUCUAAGAACUUGUAAAGGAAAUGAAGUGUUCCUUUGUUGUGGUUA